AUGGAGACGGGGCAACGGAAGCGCGGUUGCAGCGUGACCCGGAAGGGAAACAGCGCGCGGGGUCAGGCCGGAAGUGGCGGCGGCGGCACGAGGGCCAUGGCAGACUUCGAGGAUCAGUCCGGAUCGGAGUCGGAGGAAUCCCUCGUCACCGACAGAGAGCUCCAGGAAGCAUUUUCCAGGGGUGCCCUGAAACCUGGGCUGAACCUUGUGCUUGAAGGGAAAAAGAAGGCCCUGAACAACGUGGAUGGCUUGAAGCAGUGCCUGUCUGAAUUCAUGCGGCACCUCGAGUGGGUGGAAAGGCUAGAUGUGACUCUGGCUCAGGCAUCAAACUUCACAAGUCCCACCUUGAGUCAAACACCUGACAAAGCUUCUCCUGACCCUGAGGAUGACUUCCAGAGAGAGAUGAGCUUCUACCAUCAGGCUCAGGCAGCAGUGCUGACUGCUUUGCCUCAACUACAUCACCUCAAAGUUCCCACCAGAAGGCCAGAUGAUUACUUUGCAGAGAUGGCUAAAACUGACCAACAGAUGCAGAAGAUCCGACAGAAGCUUAGGAGUAAACAGGCAGCAAUGGAGAAGUCUGAAAAAGCAAAGCAGCUCCGUGCACUGAGGAAAUAUGGCAAAAAGGUGCAAAUAGAGGUUCUACAGAAGAGGCAGAAGGAGAAAGCAACGAUGCUGAAUGCAGUCAAGAAAUACCAGAAAGGCCUCUCUGACAAGUUGGAUUUCCUGGAUGGAGAGCAUCCACCACCUCGGGGGAAGAAGGAAGGAGCUGGAGGUCAAAGAGUAAAGAAAGGGCCAAACGCCAAGCGACGCUACAAGAACCAGAAGUUUGGGUUUGGUGGUAAGAAAAAAGGCUCAAAGUGGAACACGCGCGAGAGUCAUGACGAUGUGUCCAGCUUCCGGGCAAAGGUGGCCCAUAACAAGGUCCCUGGGAAAGCUGGGAAGAAGGGCUUCAAUAAGAGACCUGGCAAAAAGAUGAGGCAGAAAAUGAAGAGCCGAGCAGGAUAGACGCUGCUUCCCAGCAGGGAAUGUUUAUCUUGCUGCAUAGGAGUGCAGAUAGCAUUCUUCUUGAAGCACUGAAGUGCAAGAUGGGGAACACUGUCUGUUUCUUUCAAGGAUUCUUUUUUUCUUCUACUUAAGCCUUUAGCCUGGCAUUGGUUAGCUCAUUAAAGAGUUUGCACAGAA